UACAUAUAUAUAUGUAUAUGGCAGGACUGGCUGGUGGAGUGUAUUCAGGUCUCACCUAUGGACUGACCAAAGCUUGAGGAGCUCAUGAUUGGUUAAGACAGACCACUCUAAAUUAUUAUUUUCAAUUAUAAAAGUGUAUGAUUAUGAUCGCCAUAUCAUAUGUGUAUUCAACAUCAAGAAGGCUUGAUGAAACUAUGGCUACAGAAAUUGAGAGUUUGAGCUUGUCAAGCAUGGAGGCUAUGCAGAAUGUUCUGGAACUCCUAAGUGACAUGCUACAGGCAGUAAAUCCUGGUGAUUCUGCGGCUGUAAAAGAUGAAGUGAUAGUUGAGCUUGUUAAUAGGUGCCGCACCAACCAGAAAAAGCUGAUGUAGAUGCUCACUUCAACUGGGUUAGUUUCAUCUAUACAUUAAGGAUAUUUAAUUAAGAAUAAUUUGCUCAUUGUAUUUUAUAUUAGUGUUUUCCUGGUGUGCCCUUUUAUGCUGUGCAUCUUUACAAGGAUUGAUAGUCAUGCCAGGUUGUACUGUUAUGGUUCAUCUCCAUGGCUGCCAGAUUAUUGUUUAGUCGUAUCCAU